AUGGCUGACUUCCCCGACGCCCCUACUGGCAACCCCGGUGCCAAUGGCAACUCCUACGUCCAGACUACCAAGGAGAACGCCGCUGCUGCUUACCAGCAGCUCGCCAACGGCCCCAUGGCUGAGAACGUAAAGGCCCAAUCGGCCAAGACCUCCAACGAGUUUGGCAACCUCGCUGCCUCUCGCAGGACUCCCUCGCAGCCUGCUGCCACCGACCAGCCCCUCACCCACUACCACUCGUUCUUCUCCGAGCUCCUCUCUUGGAAGAACCCUCGUGCCUCCGCUAUUGCCUAUGCCUCCAUUGUUUCGGUCAUCUUUGCUGUUCGCUACCUGGAUGUUCUCCGCUAUGCCUUCAAGCUUACAUGGAUGGUUCUCGGUACCACCGUCCUUGCCGAGCUUACCGGCAAGCUCGUCCUCAACAACGGCCUGGCCACCCAGCUUCGCCCCCGCCGCUACCACACCAUCUCGAGGGAGACUCUUGAUGCCGCCAUAGGAGAUGUGCACGAGCUCGUCAACUUCUUCGUCAUUGAGGCUCAGCGCAUCCUCUUCGCCGAGAACGUCGGUGCUUCUGCUGCUGCGUUCCUCGGUGCCUUCAUCUCCUACUACCUUGUCAAGGUCAUGCCUCUCUGGGGUCUCGCCUUGGCCGCCACUACCACCCUCUUCGUCGUUCCCCUUGCCUACACCUCCAACCAGGAGCUCAUCGACCACCACCUCAAGCAGGCUGGCGAUGUCAUCAACGACCAGACCGCUCAGUUCCGCUCCGUUGCGCAGAAGCAGGCGGCCCAAGCCACCGACCUGACCAAGCAGUACAUGGGUGACUACACCACCAAGGCCCAGCAGUUGCUCGGUCGCUCGCCCUCUCCCGAGGCGUCCGCCAAGCCCGCCCCCGUCGCCUCGGAGCCCGUUGCCGAGAAGGACUUCCCUGCUGCCCCCAGCACCGAGUUCAACAAGGUCGACACCACGACUGAGCCCGUCGUUCCUGGCGAGAACCCCCAGCUGGCUUCUUAA